AUGAGGAGGAGGUCACCCUCCUCCCAUCUUUACCCAUUUACAGUUAAAGUUGGCACCUGCGCUCAUGGCGGGGACAGGUGGAAGACGUAUGACCUGUCGGGAGCCAACUUUCCCGGGCUUUUUUUUUCUUUUUUUUUGGCACCGGAACCUCUUAGGAUCAUUUUUUCAGCUCUACUGUUAGUUAAUAAUAAUAAUUUAUUGACAGAUCAGCGUGAACCUUAACGAGUUCACUUGGAUCUAGAAUUUGAGAAAGUACAUUAUACAGUUAUACAUCAUUUGAGUCGUGGAGGAAUAGACAAGUUCAAAAAGAAAAAAUCAUUCAUCCUAUUUUUGAGUACUAGAAUGAAGUAAUCUGAAGACCUGUCGGGAGCCAACUUUUAUGAGAUUUUUCGGUACCGGAACUCCUCAGGAAUUGUUUCAGAUAGAAAUUCCGGAAACGGCUUUUGGGAUAACUUCUAAGCUUUAUUUCCUUCCCAGUACUUCAAAAGACCCAAAACUUGGGUUUAGGAAUCAAGAAGUUGAAGCUUUCACUGUGGUCUGGUCUCCAGAGAAAAAAAAUGAAACUUUUUUUUGAGGGUUUUAAGAUUUGACAGCAUUUUCGGACUUUUUUCAGAGAGGUUCAAGUUCCGGUUAAGAUCAGAAAGUCCUGAAGAAGCUUCUGAAGAAAUCACAGCUCUUACUGACUCUAAAUACCGUUCUGAAGAAGUUCUCGGCGCUUCUGAAAUCUCAAAUCUUUGGUAUAUAUCCAAACUCUGGGACCAACAACUUGUGAAGACCUACUGAUCUACCUAUCUGAAGACGUUCUUCCUGUUUUCGAGACAUAAAAUAUUCGGUAUACAUCCCAACUUUGGGACUACAACCUUCUGAAGACCUGCUAACCAAUCUGAAGACAUUCUACCUGCAUUUGGGACCUCAAACCUUCGUAUAUAUCCAAACUAUGGAACCACAAACUCCUGGUUAUCUAUUAAAAGAUCUGACAAAAAGAUAUACCUUGAGACCACAAACUUCUGAGUACCUACUGAUCUACCUGAAAAUGUUCUUCCUGCUUUUGGGACCUCGAAACUUCGCUGAAAAUUCAAACUUUGGUACCACAAACUUCUGAAGACCUACUAAUCAAUCUGAAGACAUUCUACCUGCAUUUGAGACCCAAAAUCUUUGGUAUGCAUCCCAACUUUGGGACCACAAACUUCUGCAGACCUACUAACAUCUAACCAAAAGGUAUACCUUGGGACCCCAAACUUCUGCAGACCUACUAACCUUUCUAACCAAAGGUAUGCCUCAAAACCAACCUCCACUGGGUCACAAGUCAUUCUGAGAAGAGCCAACGACAACAGCCAGAAAAUUGCGCUGAAAGGACUCUCGAGUCUCACUUUCAUUCAAAUUUCGGACCCAGGCAGACAGAUUCAGCACGCCAUCCGGCGCCGCCGUCGCCGCCGUCAAAUGUUUGCCUCGAAAUUUCAAAGUCGAGUGUGUCGAAAAUGGUUGGUGUAGUAGGAAAUCCGCAGCCGGCGCACGACUCGUUGAGAUUUAUCUUCCCGAAAAACCCGAACAUGGCGCGGCCGGCGAAAUGAGACAGACAGAUGUUUUGGCGGGCACACGCGCACACGCCAAGGUGGAGACGUGA